CCAAAACGAUUUAUGAUUUAAUGAAUAAUCAGAUUUAUAAUUAUGGCAAUUCAACUUAAUGACUAAUCAUCCAAUCCAAGCAACAACCUAUCUAUCCGUCUGUGUGGCAAUGGCAACAUCCGUCAGGUCGGUCAGGCUCAGACAGCUCAAUCAGUCAUGACGUAGCGGUUGUGUACUUUUACUUUUUGUGUAUUUUUUUUUUAUUAAAAUUUGCUAACAAUUCAUGUCGAUAGUAUAAAACAAAGUUUACAUUUUGUGUUAAGCAAAGAAAACGUCAAGCCUACAAACCCUUCAAGACAUUUUGGAAAAACAAUAUUUAUUUAUUGCAAGAACAUAUCUCAGUAGAUCUACAAAGAGAUUUAAACUAAAAUGAUCCAUGAUGCCUUACUUGUUCUCUGGGAUUGCUCCCAGGCCACUGAGGAGUCCAAACAUGGGAAUUUCAAAAAAUAUGUUGAAGAGGGUGACGCAGAAAUAUAUCAAAGGAUAUGUGAUGUUGCAAAGAGCCACCAUAAAAUCCAGAAUUUUGUUGCAGAAAGUGGCUUUCACGCUAGGAAAAGUAAUUUGGUAACUGUCCACAAAAUAUCUGGCUUAUACUUGCAAGCUCUAAGCGAAGGCAUUACAGAGGUACUGCAAUCUUACAAGAAGACCCUCCUCGAAGUUGAGAGCUUAGUUAUUGGGAACCAUAAUUUAACACUCUCAUUUGUGUACAGUUAUGUAGAAAAGUUCUGUGGUCUGUUCAAUUCUUUGAACAAAAUAAUUUGUACAGUAAAGGAACGGAGGCUUGUGGGUUGUCAAAUCUUGAGUUUGACUCAUCAGUACAUACUGAAUGGAAAUGAAAUGGUACACGCAUCUAUUGUGAAAAUAUUUACAAACAUAAACAAGGUAUUUAUAAACCAGCUAUGCACUUGGCUGCUAUAUGGCGAACUGAGGGAUCCAUAUCAGGAGUUUUUUAUUUGCCGCAAUAAUGAAGGAGAUUCAGACACAUUCCUGUCAUCGCCUUCCACGAAUACUUGUGAUAAAUCUCUAGUUUCCACUCUUCAAGACACAACGUUAGACUGUGGCUACAUGUUGAACGCAAACAUGAUACCCUACUUCGUGCCCCUGUCAUUAGCCCAAGAAAUACUGUUCAUUGGUAAAACUGUAAUACUUUUUGGUUUCGAUCCUCGCAAGGUGAAGAGGCACAGCUUCAUGAACAACAGGACGAUGUUACCGUUGCAGAGGUGUAGUGCAGAUGCUAGAAGAUUUACUAUUUGGGAGGAAAAGGAGGCAGAGUUCCAUGAGAAACUGCAAAAACUGAAGGAUCCCGAAGUGUUUGAGUUCUGUAACUUCAGGGGAGUGAUCAGAGAUAUAAAGGAGUGUGUAACUAAACAUCUAUGGUCCGUAGCAGUUGAAGAGGCACAAUUGUUGCAUGAACUGAACCUCAUGAAGGACUUCUACUUGCUUGGGAGAGGGGAACUGUUCCUGGAAUUGCUCAGAUUAACCGCACACAUGCUUGACAAGCCCACAACGAGGACAUCUACUAGAGACAUGAACCACGCGUUCCAGUUGGCUGCCAGGGCGGUGUUUCUGAGCAACAGCGCAGAUAUCGAGAAGUUCAGCUUCGAACUGCCAUAUGUGAAGCCCAAUUUGUCCAACAACUCCUUUGAUGAUGACAGUUGUACAGUGGCCGACGGCUGGUCCACCAUAAUCUUGAAGUACGACUUCAAGUGGCCGUUGCACCUGCUGUUCACGCCGGAGGUGCUGGCGCGGUACAACGAUGUGUUCCGGCUGCUGCUGAGGAUCAAGCUCACGCAGCAUCAGCUGCACGAGCUCUGGAAGACUUACAAGCAUUCCACCAGCUUCUCGAUGUGCCAGUUGCACAACAAGCUGAUGUUCCUGAUGGACAACCUGCAGCACUACCUGCAGGCGGACGUGCUGGAGAGCAACUUCUCCAGGCUGCAGGCGGCGGCCGCGCGCGCCCGCGACUUCGAGCGGCUGAAGCUGGCGCACGCCGCCUUCCUCGCGGACGUGCUCAGCCAGUCCUUCCUCACCGUCACCACGUCGUCGGACAGCGAUUGCUCGGGCGACACCACAGACUACAUAAACAACCCGGUGUUCUGCAACAUCAUGGAGCUGCUCAAGCUGUGCCACUCCUUCUGCAGCAUCACGGACGUGGGCGACCGGGACUACCACCUGAGGGGGUACUCUGACAGAUUCAACAAGCUGGUGAAGCAACUGAUGCAAUUAUUAGUUUCGCUCCGCGACCGGCCGUGCGGAGUAUUCCUCGCGCGGCUGCUCAUGCGGCUGGACUACAACCGCUGGCUCAGCGGAGAGGCCCGGCUCACUCAGUCUGUCACUAACAUGCUCAGAUACUGACCAUAUACUCUUUGAGCGAUCUAGUGACACCUAAAGAAGGUUAAAUAUGGUGAUGAAUAGCGAUGAUACUAGUAUGGUUAAUAUUUAGGGCGUCAUUGAUUUUGGUCAUGUUGACUUCUAGAAGGUCGGAACUAAAAUUGAUGGUAUUACUAAAUGGGCUAAAAUGUCAAUGAUUAUUGAGCGACGAAAUGACAUUUGUAUGUUGAGCAUAAUGAGACUUAUAGAAGGUCGUAAAUCGCUAACAUGCUAAAGUAUUUAACCAAAUAAUUAAUUAUUCAGCGAUGAAAUCCUCUAUAACUGUUUAUGUGGGAGUUAUCAACAUGCUAAAAUAUUGAGCACUAUGAUCAUUGAACGAUAAAAUUAAACUUAAUGAAGGGCGAAGUUAAACUUGAACAUCGCCACAUUAAUAUCCUCAGAAAGUGGUAAAACUAUACUUUCGAUGACAUCAAUCGAACAAUGAGAUCUGAAUAUGUAUGAUGAUGAAACAAAACAUACUGUGAUAAAACUUAUUAAAACAUGAAAUGAACUCACACGUAAUCCGACUUUAAUUCAGUACCUACUCAAUGUAUAAUAAUGUAUUAAUGCAUUAUCAUAAUAAAAUUUAUACAACAAUAA